AUGGAUAAAGUUGAUGAGAAGGUGCUACUUUCCAGACUGUUUGACUACUACCUAUCAAGCUAAGAUUUUCAAAUACUCUUUAUUAAGUAUGGCUUGGGAAUGAAUACUGAUAAUAAUAAAUCGUAAGGAAUAGGAGAGGACUAAGAUACUGGAAGAAGCUAUCAAAGUGAUUAGCUCGUAUUUUACGAUUAGUUUUGCUUUGAUUUGCUGACAUUGUUUGGAAUGAAGUUGCUUACUUUUAAUCACUCAUCCUUCGAACAGACUCUGAGAGGCUUAUUCCUAAGUGUGACCACUAAUUAUCAAGGUGAGAUAAGGCUGAAAUAGAAAUCUUAGAUUAAUGUUGAAAAUAUAUGGAAUCGAAACAUGUCAAUGAUUAUACAAGAUCUAAAGCUGUAAAAGCCAAUACCUAAGUUAGGGCUAAAUGAUAACAAAACUAUGAUAAUCAUGGAGGAGACUCAAUAUUCCAAGAGUCAAAUCUAGUUUAAGAAAUUACCAAAGCAUACCGACUCCUCCCCUCAUCUUAUAUCAAACUCAAUAAGUUAAUCAAGCUUGGCUUUCCGUACGAAAAUCGGAUUUAAUGGGUAUGAAUAAAAUAACUUAGACUAGAGUCUCAGCAAUAAUGAUUAGACUAGUAACCACUCUGCGAAAAACCAAGUAAGCAAUAAGCGUGGCACAUCCCAGAAUUAAACUGUUUAGGAUUUGCAAAGCAAAAGGCCGUAUUCAUAUAUGAAAGGCAAAAGAGAAAGUUUAUCUUAGAUGCUUAAAUAGAAUGAGGAUUAGGUCAGAUCAAAGUAGGUUCUCUACUCAAAAAAUCCCUAUUCACAUCUAUGA